CAUAAGCUGGAUUUAUCUUGGCGGCGGGUUGUGUAGUGGCCAUCGAGGCGGCGGCAAGGAGGAGGUAACAGCUGCAGUGUAUCCUUUAUAUGGUGGCCCUGCAGGUGUAGGCAACGUCACCAUCAUGUCGGGCUCUUCUCAGGGUUCGGUGACGGAGUAUGUGGUGCGGGUUCCAAAAAGUACCAAGAAGAAGUAUCAUAUGAUGCGGUUCCAUGCAGCCUUAGGGGUGGACUUCAAGACCUGGGCACACACCAAGAUGGAACGUGAGAACAACAUGAAGGAGUUUAAGGGACUAGAGGAGGAAAUGCCAAAGUACGGAGCUGGAUCUGAGUUUGGACGAGAACAGAGGGAGGAGGCACGUCGUAAAAAGUAUGGCAUAAAUGUAAAAAAAUACCGGCCUGAAGACCAGCCAUGGCUCCUUAGUGUGGCUGGCAAGAAUGGCAAAAAGUUCAAGGGCAUCAGAGAGGGAGGUGUGUCAGAGAACUCCUCCUGGUAUGUGUUCAUGCAGGGGAAAGACGGAGCAUUUGAAGCCUAUCCAGUGGAAGAGUGGUAUAAUUUCAAACUUGUCCAACGGUACAAAGCCUUGAGUGCAGAGGAGGCAGAAAGGGAAUUUGAAAGGAGAGAUAAAAUUAUGAACUACUUCUCUGUUAUGUGUCAGAAGAAGCUCAAGAAUGAGGGAGAUGAUGCAGCAGAUGGUGAGGAGGAGAGAGUAAAGAAGAAGGGCCCUUCUAGUAAAUCCUUGAUGUUGUCUGAGCUGGAUGACUGGAUGUCAGAUGAGGGAUCAGAGGCUGAUGAAGAGCGGGAAGAAGAAGAAGAAGAUGACAUGUCCAAAAAGAAAAAGAAGGUGCAAUCAAAGAGCAGAACACAACAAGGUGGGAAGAAGAGGAAGAAUGUGGAUGGAGACAGUGACGAAGACUGCUUUGAGGAGAGUGAUGAAUAUGAUGAUGGUGCAGAGCAUGAUUAUAUUUCUAGUGAUUCAUCAGAUUCUGAUGCUGAAAAUGAUGAAGUAGUUCGGAAAGAGCUUGUUGGAGUCGACCAAGCAGAUGCCCUAAAGAAGUUAUUGAACUCAGAUGAAGAAGAUGAGGAAGAGAAGGAGAAAGAGGAAGAGGAAGAUGAAGAGGAUAAAAAGGAGGGUGAAGAUAAGGAGGAAAAAGACAAGAAGAAGAAGAAGAAAAAGAAGAAAAAAGAAAAAAAGGCAGAAGUUAAUAAGGAAGAUUCAGAAGGGAAGAGCUCAGACACUAGUGCUGAUGAAGACAAUACCAAGAAGAAAAAGAAAAAUAAGGAUUCAGAUAGUAAGAAGGAUGGAGGGGAAGGAGGUGUUAAGAGGAAGUUAAAGGCUAAUCCAGCUGACCCCUCAGCCAAGAGGCAACGUGGAGACAUUGCUGCAGGAAACACAGGAGGUGGCACAUCUUCCCCCAUGGUGGCCUCAGGAAGUGACAGUGGAGUUACUGAGGAGGCAAUCCGAAGGUACCUCAUGCGUAAGCCCAUGACCACCACAGAAUUGCUUCAAAAGUUUAAAUGCAAGAAAACUGGUCUUAAUUCUGAUCAGCUGGUCCAUGCAAUUGCACAGAUCCUCAAGCGCAUCAAUCCAGCUAAACAGAUGGUCAAAGGCAAGAUGUACUUAUCCCUUAAGCAGUAGCUGUUGUCCUUGGGAGUAUAGGUGGAUGCAAGGUGAGAUGUCUUGCCUUUCCCUACAGGACAAACUAUAUAGUACUAGGGAAUCAUUUCAGUGGUGCAUAGGCAAGGGUGAUUUUGCCAAAUGUGUAUGUAGACAAUAAAGGGGAGUCAUUUUCCAGGCAUACAGGUGACCAGUUAAGAGAAAAUUAAGUGAAAUGUUCAUCUUAGAUUUAAUUUCCAAGAACAAAUCAUAUUAUACAAGGAACAGUAUUCAAAUGUAAUGUGGCCAUCAUUUUGGGAUUCUUUUAUCAGAUAUAUUCUAUGCAGAUCCUAUACAUUAGUUCUUGGAAUGUUACAUGGAGGGCCUUUAUGUAAUUUAUAGAAUAAAUUUUGAGUAGGGAAAGCAAGCAUUUCAAUCAGUCAUUAUUAAAUAAGAGUUUAUAUAUAUCCUUUCACUUUUACUUUGCUGACUUGCUUUUACCAGAUCUCAUCUUGCCUUGACAUUCUCAACAACAGAAAGGAGAUGAGCUCAGAUUGUUUCCACUCGUCUAGAAAUCUGAAUAUUUUGUUAGGUGAGCACAAGCCAUCACACCAGUGGAACAUCGUGGUAUACAGUACUCGUCGAAAGUAUUGGGGGUCUGAUACUUAUGGCAAAAAUAGUAGCAUGGUCAUUUUGAGAGAACUAUUUUAACCAAAAGCAUCAGUCCCUACCAGGACGUCACUACAUCCCUGAGCUUUGUGGCCUCUCCUCAAUGUUUCUUUGGGUAUGUUGUAGCAGCCUUUUCUGCACCCUGGAUCAUCAUUGCACAAUAUCUUGUGAUGAUCCAUUGUAUUCUAAUAUGGCUAAAACAAUUUAUUAUUCAUGAGAUUUAAGAAAUAGGUUUUUCAGUUUGAGAAAUAACUGAACAGUUUGCAGUAUCCAGGACAACUCAAGCAUUGGUCAUAAUGGUUCAGAGUAAGUGAAUCAUGAUAUACCUGGACAGUUUGGGUGUCCCACAGGGCUGUUACUGUUGAAGUGUACAGUGGCCUUGGCAUCAGAUUCUACUAUACAUAUUAAAGACAUCAACAACCCUCUCAUUUGUCUUCCUGGGGAUCCCAGACCAUUUUUAGAUUCCAGCACAUCAGAAUUCCCUUACUUUUAGUAACACCAUGACCAACGAUUGACUUGUUCUUGUGAUUUACCAAUUUUCUGGAGGCUCAUGAUCUGCACAAUAGUCUCAGAUGAAUAUGCUUUCAUUUUAUCCAUAGUAAACAAUGAUUUAUCUCAAUGUAUUAUUGAACAGUAAUACACCAGGAUGUGGAAAAAGUCACUGCAAGUUACUGCUCUCUAACACAUCUAAAAGGCAUGCUGGGUUGGCUAUAAAGUAGCAGUGAUGCUUUUGACUAAAAUGGUUUACUCUCAAGAGGACCAUGUUAUUUUUAUUGUUAUUUUUAUUCUAGGUGUCAGUCAUGGAAAGGCUCAACACUUACAUGACUAAUAUCAUAUGCUCACCUCACUGUAAGGAAACACUGUGUUGUCAUAAUAGGUAAUACUCAUUUCAUUGUGUCUUGUAUGUUUAUUUUAAUAUUAGACUAUUCUCAAAUUUGAGAACCAACAGGCUACAUUUAUGUAAAAUUUACAUUCAGCAAUUUGUCAAAAUGACUGACUAAUGCAUACAUGUUAUUUUUCACAAAUUACAUAUAAUCAAAAUAUCUGAAAAUAUUCACCAUAAUUUGUUGUACACCAUUUUCAAAAUGAUUUUCUUCAAAAUAUUGAUAUUUUUCUCUUACCAAGAACUAUUUUAUAUAAGACAAGUGAUAUUUUGCCUAUCUGCCAAAAUGUAUACUCUACAGUAAUCAAAACUAAAUGGUUACAUGUCAACAUACAUUUCAUUAAAAAAAAUAAUAAAAAAUAGACAUUCACUACUGUAACAUGUAUUGAAACAACAAAGUUUGACUAAUAUUCAACUUAGUAUUUACCUAUUGUAACUUUAAAAAACUGUAGAUAUUCCCAACAUGGCUGCACAGUGACAAUUCCCGUCCAUUCAGCAACUAUUUACGUCUAGUUGGUUCUGAUGCUGUAGGAGGGGGAGGUGGUCCCCUUUUCUCCAGCUCCUCCAUAUAAGCCAUUAAAAUUUUUGACCUUUCAUCAGGCUGACAUUCUAGUACAAGAUAACGUCGAUCUUUGCGUAACACCUCCACAAUAUCACGCAUGUGUUGCUCUCCCUCACUGCACAGCUUCAAAGAGCGAUGAGUGAUACUUUUAGUUUCCUGUAAAAAAAAAUGAAAAUAUCAAUCAUAGGUUGGAUAUCAUUGAAUUAGUUGGGAGAGAGAGGGAAUGAUAAAACUGGGAGGAGAGAGUAUGGAAACAACAAUCCAAGCAAGUGCAGGGAAUAAAGGUGUGUUACAAGUGAGCAGUACUAGUACUGUCCAGAUUGCCAGAGCGAGUCCCAUAUAUAUGGCAAUUCAUACAAAAAAUCAGAUAAAUAAUCACCUUAUUGAUGAUAACUGGAAAUCAAUGACUAGCAUUAAAUUUAUCAUCUGAUCCCUAAUAUAUUAAUAAAUCUAACACUAGCAAAAGUUUAUCAUCACUAGUCUGGAACCACUGAGUAUCAACAAUGCAGAUGGAUUGAUGAUGUGAGAAAAAUAAUUACAGUGGAACUCACUAUUCACACAAUUUGUAUGAAUGGGAAAUCAUUUUUCCCACAAAAAAUAAUGUAGAUAAAAUUAAUCCAUUCCAGACCCACAAAUAAUUACUCCAUACACUGUAUGUAAAUAGAAAAUUAUUGUUAAAUAAUAUUUAUCAUUUCCA